AUGGCGGGGGCGGAUGAGCGAGAGCGGAUGAUGGAACGACUUAAUGAAUUUCGCCAUUGCAACCCUCGUAUCUUUGAUGGGGAAAAAGCCAAUCAUUGGUUGGUUGACAAAUGGUUAAUGCAUAUGGAAAAAUUAUUUUAUGAUACUUUUGUUGAGGAGCGAUACUGGGUCUGGUUCGCGACACACCAUCUUGACGGUGAGGCUUACAGGUGGUGGGUGGAUAUCCGUGAAGAUCCCCGUGCUGAUUUAUCCACUAUCACCUGGACGAGGUUCAAGGAGUUAUUACUGACAACCUAUUUUUCGCAGAGUGUGAAGAGGCAAAUGGAAAGGGAUCUGAGAAACCUGAGGCAGGGGGACAGGACAGUAGCAGAGUAUGAGCGAGAGUUUUCCCGAUUGCUGCAUUGUGUUCCUUUUGUGGUCAGAGAUGAUGAGGAUAAGGCUCGGAUUUUUGAGGCAGGUUUGCGGCCUGCGAUUUUCAGAUUAGUCCAGGCGUCAAACCUAUCGACGUAUAGAGAGGUGGUAAACCGGGCCUUGAUUGUGGAAAAGGGGGCAGAGAUUAUGAAAGAAAGAGAUAUUGUGGAUCGAAGUAAAGAAAAAAGGCCAGCAGCUGAGAGCAGUGGUCAGCAACCCUUCAGGAGACCACCGAAAUAUCCGAGGGGCCAGUCAGUGUCCACAACGUGGGGGCAGAUGUUUUCUCUGCGGACAGGAGGGCCACUUUCGCUCAGAGUGCCCGAGGCGUUCUCUGCCUGCACCCUCGUCAGCGUCUACACCUGCAUCUUCAGCUCCGAGCCAGGGGACCCCAUCAGCACCCUCGCAGUACAGACGACCACCGGGACAGCGGCAGUCUGA